AUGUCGGACCUGGGCUCGGAGGAGCUGGAGGAGGAGGGAGAGAAUGAUAUUGGGGAAUACGACGGGGAACGGAAUGAGGCAGGCGAACGACACGGACACGGGAAGGCAAGACUGCCCAACGGGGACACGUAUGAAGGGAACUACGAGCACGGUAAAAGACACGGCCAGGGGAUCUACAGAUUUAAAAGUGGUGCUCGGUACAUCGGAGAGUACGUUAAAAAUAAAAAGCACGGUCACGGCACUUUUAUAUACCCAGAUGGAUCAAGAUACGAAGGCGAGUGGGCCGAUGACCUAAGGCAUGGCUAUGGUGUGUACUACUACGUCAAUAAUGAUACCUACACUGGAGAGUGGUUUGCUCACCAAAGGCACGGGCAAGGCACCUAUUUCUACGCAGAGACGGGCAGCAAGUAUGUAGGUACCUGGGUGAACGGGCAGCAAGAGGGAGCAGCUGAGCUCAUUCACUUGAACCACAGAUACCAGGGCAAGUUCUUGAACAAAAACCCUGUCGGCCCUGGAAAGUACGUGUUUGAUGUCGGAUGUGAACAGCAUGGGGAGUACCGCCUAACGGACGUGGAAAGAGGAGAAGAGGAGGAGGAGGAAGAGACGAUGAUGAUGACUCUGGUUCCAAAAUGGAAAGCCACCAAAAUCACGGAACUGGCUCUGUGGACCCCGACCCUCCCUGAGGAGCAUCCACCUGCAGAGGCGCCUGGCCCAGAAGAGGCUCCAGGAGCUGAGGGUGACGGGGAGCUCAUGGAGGAGGGCCAGGCUCUGGCAGACAUUUCCGAAGGGGAGACUGACUCCUUGAGGCCUGGGGAGGAUGACGGAGAUUCCACCAGGGAGGACAGCCGGGAGUACGGCCGGGACGAUUACCGAUAUGACACCACCGACCAGGGCAUUGUUAGUUUUGAAGAAGAGGAAAGUAAACAAUCAGAGCUGCCAGAGUGA